AUGGUACCCAUAAAUAAAUACAAAGAGCUUGAAGGAAAAUAUGGAGAAUUACAAAGGGAUAUAUGUGAAAUGAUAAAUGUGAACAAGGAAUUACAAGAGAUGCGAAGCAAAUAUAAGACGUUGCAAAAAACUUACGGUCCUCAGCUGCCACAAUUAAUUUCAGCAGGCGAAAAAAAUUUGUCAGAGCGUUUUGAAGCACCUUAG